UCAAGUGACAACUACCUUUUCUGUCCUAAAUCUCUUGAUGUCUUGAAGGAAGAAGAGCUUCUACAUUUUCAAGAGCAUUGGGCAAAAGGUGAACCAGUAAUUGUUAGGGACGCUCUUGAUAACACACCUGGUUUAAGCUGGGAGCCAAUGGUUAUGUGGCGGGCGUUAUGCGAAAACGUGAAUUCACCAGCAAGUUCUAAGAUGUCCCAAGUCCAAGCAAUUGAUUGUUUGGCUAAUUGUGAGGUGGAGAUCAAUACACGUCACUUCUUUGAUGGUUAUAGCAAAGGAAGAACAUAUGAAAACUACUGGCCUGAGAUGUUGAAGCUAAAGGACUGGCCUCCUUCUGACAAGUUUGAAGAUCUUUUACCUCGUCACUGUGACGAGUUCAUAUCCGCACUACCUUUCCAAGAAUAUAGCGAUCCUAGAACCGGGAUUCUUAACAUCGCAGCAAAGCUUCCGGAAGGACUUAUCAAACCAGAUUUGGGGCCAAAAACUUACAUUGCCUAUGGGAUUCCUGAUGAGCUCGGUAGAGGGGAUUCAGUGACUAAGCUUCACUGUGAUAUGUCAGAC